AUGGCUGCCCCUGAGCCCUCACAAGUGCGCCACAACUACGACUCCAUCUGUGAGGCCGCUCUCAACAACCACAUCCACCUGCAGCUCUACGCCUCUUACGUGGCUCUGUCGAUGGCCUUCUACUUCAACCGCGACGACGUGGCGCUGAAGGGCUUCACCCGCUACUUCCUGAAGCGCUCACAGAUCGAGAGGGAGCGCGCGGAGAAGCUGCUGAAGCUGCAGAACCAGCGCGGAGGCCGCAUCGCCAUCCGUGAUGUCCAGGAGCCCGACCGCGACGACUGGGAGGGCGGCCUCCAGGCCAUGGAGAGCGCCUUCUACCUGGCCCAGAGCAUCAACCAGAGCCUGCUGGAGCUGCACCAGCUGGCCACCACCAGGGGCGACGCCCACCUCUGCCACUUGCUGGAGACCAACUACCUGGACCAGCAGGUCCAGGCCAUUGAGGAGCUGGGGAGCCACCUGACCAACCUGCGCGGCUUGGGGGCCCCAGACGUCAACAUGGCGGAGUACCUCUUCGACAAGCUCACCCUGGGCCAGGGCCACAAGGAGAACUGA